AUGAAUCAGCUUGCAUUAAUGAGAUCAAUGGAUGGUGCGGAUGUGGAGUGGGCGAAGGAAGUUAAAGGAAUUGUCUAUGAUAUGGUUGUUGAAGGCUUUCAACUCCUAAGUAGAUGGACUGCACGUAUUUGGGAGCAGUGUGCAUGGAAAUUUUCACGACCAUGCAAGGAUCCGAUUUCAGCCGACUCACGUCCAGUAGCGUCUUUAUCUGAUUAUGAGAAGGUUGUACGGUAUAAUUAUAGUGCCGAGGAAAGAAAAGCAAUGGUAGAACUUGUAGGAUACAUCAAGGGUAUUGGGUCAUUAAUGCAAAAGUCCGACACACUGGUGGCAGAUGCCUUGUGGGAAACUGUUCAUGCUGAGGUCCAAGAUUUUGUACAGAAUAUACUGGCCACUAUGCUCCGAACUACCUUCCGCAAGAAAAAAGAUAUUUCAAGGAUUCUUUCAGACAUGCGAACACUUUCAGCCGACUGGAUGGCGAAUACAAGCAGGCCUGAUUCUGAAAUGCAACACGGAGGUGAAGAAGGUCGUGGGACCUACUUUUAUCCAAGACCUGUAGCACCCACAGCUGCACAGAUCCAUUGCUUGCAAUUCUUGAUAUAUGAGGUGGUAUCAGGGGGGAACUUGAGGAAGCCCGGUGGACUUUUUGGUAAUAGUGGAUCUGAAAUCCCCGUAAAUGAUUUAAAACAGCUGGAAACCUUCUUCUACAAGCUUGGAUUUUUCUUGCAUGUCUUAGACUACUCAGCGACAGUAGCAAACUUGACAGAUCUUGGUUUUCUGUGGUUCAGGGAAUUUUAUCUGGAAUCUUCUCGUGUUAUCCAGUUUCCUGUUGAGUGCUCCCUUCCAUGGAUGCUGGUGGAUCAUGUGUUAGAGUCUCAAAAUACGGGUCUUCUUGAAAGUGUCUUGAUGCCCUUUGACAUUUACAAUGAUGCCGCACAACAGGCUCUUGUGGUCCUCAAGCAACGAUUUCUUUAUGAUGAAGUUGAAGCUGAGGUGGACAAUUGCUUUGACUUGUUUGUAUCAAAAUUGUGUGACGCCAUUUUCACAUACUACAAGAGUUGGGCAGCAAGUGAACUGCUGGAUCCCUCGUUCCUUUUCGCCUUGGAUAUUGGUGAGAAAUUUUCAAUCCAACCUAUAAGAUUCACCGCACUAUUAAAGAUGACAAGAGUGAAGUUGCUGGGAAGGACUAUCAACUUGAGAAGUUUGAUCACCGAGAGGAUGAACAAAGUAUUCCGGGAGAACAUUGAGUUUUUGUUCGAUAGGUUUGAGUCCCAGGAUAUAUGUGCUGUUGUGGAAUUGGAAAAGCUCGUUGAAGUUUUGCAACUUGCUCACGAGUUACUAUCGAAGGAUCUGACUCUUGAUUCUUUUGUUCUCAUGUUAAGUGAGAUGCAAGAGAAUGUAUCUCUCAUUUCUUAUUCCAGCAGACUUGCUUCUCAGAUUUGGACAGAUAUGCAAAAUGACUUCUUACCGAACUUCAUCCUCUGCAAUACAACUCAGCGUUUUGUGAGAUCGUCAAAGGUGCCACCUGUUCCUGCUCAGAAGCCUUCAGUCCCACAAGCAAAGCCAAAUUUCUAUUGUGGUAAUCAAGAUCUGAAUUCUGCAUACCAAAGCUAUGCCCGAUUGCACAGUGGGUUUUUUGGGUUGCCUCAUAUGUACUCCAUUGUCAAACUUUUGGGGUCGAGAUCAUUACCGUGGCUUAUCCGGGCCCUCUUAGACCAUAUAUCAAAUAAGAUAACAACUGUCGAGCCAAUGAUCACCGGUCUCCAAGAGGCUCUGCCCAAAUCUAUAGGAUUACUUGCUUUUGAUGGUGGUGUUGCAGGUUGUGUAAGGAUAGUUCAGGAACAUCUUAAUUGCUGGCAAUCAAAAUCUGAUCUGAAAAUCGAAGCUCUUCAUGGAAUAAAGGAAAUCGGAAGUGUCUUGUACUGGAUGAGUCUGCUUGAUAUUGUUUUGAGAGAAGUGGACACUAGCCAGUUCAUGCAAACUGCUCCUUGGCUGGGCCUAACUCCUGGUGCAGAUGGACAGAUCAUAAAAGACCAGGACACUGAAGACAGCCCAAUCAUCAGCCUAUUUAAAUCAUUAGCCUCUGCUAGUGCUUCAAACCCCAACUUCCCAAAUCCAUCUUCACUUCGCGUCCUGUCCAGACAAGCAGAAGCUGCUGAUCUCCUUUACAAAUCCAACAUUAACGCCGGAAGUGUGCUGGAAUAUUCGUUAGCUUUUACAAGUGCUGCUUUGGACAAAUACUGCAGUAAGUGGAGUGUGAUCCCCAAAACAGGGUUUUUGGACAUUACAACUUCCAAGGACUUCUAUCGGAUAUAUAGUGGCCUCCAAAUUGAGUAUCUAGAGGAAGCCGUUCAUGUACAACCAAGCCAUUACGGGAUGUUGGGUGACUCAGUUGCUUGGGGAGGUUGUACAAUUAUGUACUUACUCGGCCAACAAUUGCAUUUUGAAUUAUUCGAUUUUUCAUACCAAGUCCUCAAUGUUGCCGAGGUUGACGGUGCAGGCACAUCAUCAGCUCAUAAGAAUUAUCACGCUUCAGUGGGCUUGGAGAGUCUACUCGAAGCUAUGAAGAAAGCUCGGAGGCUAAAUAAUCACGUUUUCUCCAUGUUAAAAGCUCGUUGCCCAUUGGAGGACAAGCAAGCUUGCGCCAUCAAACAAAGUGGUGCACCGCUGCAUAGGAUAAAGUUCGAGAAUACAGUCUCUGCCUUUGAAACACUGCCCCAAAAGGGGACCGGAGUUUAG